UCACACAUCCCCCAACCAAACACAACAUGCAAACACUAGGCAGCAAAAUGGGACCUUUGUUCUACCUCUGCAUGGUGCUCAUGCUGCCAUGCCUCCUUCCACCGCAAGAAGCACAUGCCGUGCGCCAUGGAGGGAUCUCUCUGAGGUCUCAACACAUGGCCCUCCUCCACUGGAAAGCAACACUUGCAAGCCCACCGCUGCAGAUGAGUUCUUGGCAGGAAAACACCAGCCCCUGCAACUGGACGGGCAUCAUGUGCACGGCUAUUCCACAUGGCCGCCGCAUGCCCUGGGUGGUGACCAACAUCUCCCUGCCAGAUGCUGGCAUCCAUGGCCAGCUUGGUGAGCUCAACUUCUCAGCUCUUCCAUUCAUCACAUAUAUUGACCUUCAUAACAAUAGUCUCCAUGGUGCACUACCCGCUAGUAUCAGCUCCCUGUCUGCACUUUCGAAACUUACCCUUCAGCAGAACCAGUUCACAGGGAAAAUUCCUCAUGAGAUUGGUGACUUGCAAAGUCUCAUGUUGCUUGCUCUCUCAUUCAACAGACUCACGGGACAUAUCCCUGCGUCUCUGGGUAACCUAACAAUGUUAACUGAACUUGUCAUUCACCAAAACAUGAUAUCAGGUCCCAUUCCCGAGGACAUUGGAAGGCUUGUCAACCUACAACUUCUGCAGCUAAGCAACAACACCAUAAGCGGCAUGAUACCAAAAAUCAUUGGAAAUAUGACCCAACUGAAUGUUUUGCACCUGUAUGGUAAUCAACUUUCAGGGCCUAUACCCCAAGAACUAGGCACGCUGGUCCAUCUACGAAGUCUUGAUCUUAGUUCAAAUAAUUUUUUAGGUCCAAUUCCAAUCUCCAUAAGCAAUCUCACUAAGAUGAACCGACUUUUUCUACAUGAAAAUCAAAUCAUAGGUCUAAUACCACCAGAACUAGGCAACCUCGCCAUGCUAAGCCAACUUGCUCUCUGCACAAAUCAAAUAACAGGUUCAAUACCCCCAGAACUAGGGAAUCUCACUAUGCUCAAUCUACUUGUUCUAUAUAGAAAUCAAAUUACAGGCCCAAUACCUUUAGAAUUGGGCCACUUGCUGAAUCUCCAGGAUUUAGAAUUGGAUGAGAACCAAAUAUCUGGCUCUAUUCCUGGCAGCUUAGGAAAUAUAACCAAGCUAGUACGACUUGCCCUCGCUACAAAUCAGAUAAGCGGUUCCAUCCCCCAGGAAAUUGGCAAUCUGAUGAACCUAAAAUAUUUAUCCUUGCCUCAGAACCAAAUUAUAGGUUCAAUACCAAAAACUUUUGGGAAGUUGCAAAGUAUCCAAUCAAUAAAACUCUUUGAUAACAAAUUAUCAGGUGCUCUUCCUAAAGAAUUAGGAGAUCUCACCAACCUUGUUGAACUUGCAGUGUCUAACAACUCACUUUCAGGACCUUUACCCACAAAUAUAUGUUCAGGUGGGAGACUUCAACAUCUCACUGUUCAUUAUAAUAUGUUUAGUGGACCCAUUCCAAGGAGUUUAAAGACAUGUACGAGUUUGGUUAAAAUUAUCCUUCAGAAAACCCAACUAACAGGAGAUAUAUCUCACGAUUUCGGUGUGUAUCCACAACUCAUAUGGAUGAUCUUGUCAUCGACUAGACUCUCUGGGCAGAUCCCACAAAGUUUAGGUGCAUGUACCCAACUAACGGUACUACAUCUCCAAAAAAAUAACAUCACUGGUUCCAUACCUCCAAUCCUUUCAAAAUUGUCCAGACUAGAAGAACUAAGACUCGACUCUAAUCAUCUCAGUGGUGAGAUUCCACCAGAAAUCUACACUUUAGCAAACCUAUAUGGACUGAACUUGUCAUCAAACCAACUAUCUGGAUCCAUACCUACACAGAUAGAAAAGCUUGGCAAUCUAGGAUACCUUGAUAUAUCUAUGAAUAAACUGAGUGGAUCAAUACCUGAGGAACUAGGGACCAUGAAACUACAGUCCUUCAAGAUCAACAACAACAACUUCAGUGGGAGUUUGCCAGAUGCAAUUGGAAAUUUAGCAGGCCUGCAGACCAUGUUAGAUGUCAGCAACAAUAAUUUCAGUGGUGUGUUGCCGCAACAACUUGGGAAGUUGGAGAUCCUAGAAUUUCUGAAUUUAUCACAUAAUCAGUUUGGUGGCAGCAUUCCAUCCUCCUUCGCAAGCAUGUUGAGCCUUUCAACACUCGAUGUGUCGUACAAUGACUUGGAAGGACCAGUACCAACAACACGGCUACUCCAAAAUGCUUCAACAAGUUGGUUUCUUCACAAUAAAGGUCUAUGCGGUAACCUCUCUGGCUUGCCUCCUUGUUAUUCAACUCCAGUAGCUGGUCACCAUAAACGGAAGAUACUUGGUUUGCUUUUGCCAAUUCUUCUUGUUGUGGGUUUGAGCAUUGUUGCUGCAGUUGUUGUCAUAAUAAUGCUUAAUCGUAACAAGAGAAAACCUCAAGAAAAUGUUACUUCUCAAGGAAGGGAGCUAUUCUCUGUUUGGAAUUUUGAUGGAAGAUUAGCAUUUGACGACAUUGUAAGGGCAACAGAGGACUUCGAUGAUAAGUACAUCAUUGGAACAGGAGCAUACGGCAAAGUCUAUAAGGCACGACUCCAAGACGGGCAGCUAGUUGCUGUAAAGAAGCUUUAUCAGACUGAAGAAGAGUUGGAUGACCAGAGAAGGUUUCACAGUGAAAUGGAAAUCUUAUCACAGAUCCGACAACGAAGUAUUGUCAAAAUGUAUGGAUUCUGCUCCCAUCCAGCAUAUAAAUUUCUUGUCUAUGACUACAUUCAGCAGGGAAGCCUCCACAGGACAUUGGAAAAUGAGGAACUAGCAACGGAACUAGAUUGGCACAAGAGAAUUGCUCUUGCAAAUGAUGUGGCUCAAGCAAUAUCUUAUUUGCACCACGAAUGCAGUCCACCUAUAAUCCAUCGAGAUAUCACGAGCAACAACAUCUUACUUGAUACAACCUUCAAGGCUUUUGUCUCGGAUUUCGGCACAGCAAGGAUUCUUAAGCCUGAUUCAUCAAACUGGAGUGCACUUGCAGGAACAUAUGGCUACAUAGCUCCUGAAUUGUCGUACACAUCUGUUGUGACAGAGAAAUGCGAUGUCUAUAGCUUUGGAGUGGUUGUGCUAGAGCUAGUGAUGGGGAAGCAUCCAAGGGAUCUAUUAGACGGUACUUUGUCAAACGGAGAACAAGUCAUACUGGUGAAAGAUAUACUGGACCAACGACUGACAACACCAACAACAGAAGAGAAUAGGUUAUAUCUGCUCAUCAAGCUGGCCUUUUCUUGCUUGGAAUCUUCUCCACAAGCAAGGCCAAGCAUGCGGGAGGCAUACCAAUUGCUCAUCGAGCGACCCUCCUCCAGUUCAUGUUCUGUGCCUUUCAGCGCACUUACGUUACAGCAAGUAAGGAUGAGUUGAUGACUCAUUGUAUGUCCAUGUAUUUGUAGCCACUCUCCUGAUAUAGUAAAAGAUACCAUCAUGUGCCCGUGGUUUUUUUCCCGCAAGGGUUUUCCACGUAAAAAUUGGUGUCCCGUGUUCUUGAUAUUUCUUUGUU